AGAACCAGCGGGAUUUCUUGUGAAAUCUAGGAGCGCUUUCCACAGAACCCCUACAGCAAAGAACAAGCCCGGGUCGGUAUUUAGUCUGUUUGACAAAGCUGAUACAAUCACCUUCCAACAACCGCACGAAGUCAAGAAAGCUACAAGUGCUAGUAACUCUACUGCUGUGGGGUCUAUUAAAGAUGAGCACGUGUUUCAGGUGCCUGAGCCGCGCCCGCCAGCCGACACUCUGUGCGUGGCACAACCCGAAUUGCCCAGUGGACAGUCAACUGCCGCACUAUGGCAGCGGGGGCCUGAACAGAAACCCUCCAACUCAAUGCUCUUCCUCCUUCCAAGUGCGAAGUCGGGGCCAACCUAUCUUAGAAGACAACAUGGUGCCACUCCUCGAACUCUGGCAUUAACUAAGGCGAUGGAGACCCCAGCUCCCGUGGCAAUGCCCAGGAAACGGAUGCGAAAUUCUGUCAAAUCACACAAAACAACAGUGAAACCACCCACCGACUGGUCUCUUCAUUCGGUUGCGAGAUUCACCAGCGCACACAACUUCGAAUGGUGCCGGAGAUUAAAGAGUCAUAUACACCCGAGAGGACUGUCCAAUGCCCUUCGCUGUAUCCAUGAUGAAGACCUCCCAGACGAUCUGCUCCACUCCACGCCAGAGGAUGUAGUCAGCCUCCACGACCGUGCCUGUGCUGAGCUGCAGAAGGCCAUGAUAUACUGGGAGUUCAACCCCCCCCACUACAGAGGAAAGCGACCGUGGGGAUACCCAAACAGCUUUCGAGGCGAGUCUGUGCUCAUUGUAUGAGCAGAUGCAAAGCAAGCUGUGUCCCUACUUCUACGUGAAAGCCAAGGCGUUCACGGUGUUGUUUAUCGGGGAGGAAUUGGGUGGCUGUGCCCAACGGACUGCGCGGGUGUCGUCCUCUACACCUGGGCUGCGGUCGCUGCUGUCAGAAGAAGGCAUCACCUUCCAUAUGCCC